AAUUCAUUAACUACGUGUUGCUAGUGAUCUUCUGUAGCAGCCUCUUGAAAUUCAUAAACCUAUUUUUGCUAUGAAAUCAUUUCCUUAUACAUAUUUCAACAAAACAAGUAUAUUUCCUCUUCAAGAUUCAAAGGAAGCAGCUUUCUUGCACUUAAGGAAAAUUUCCCAACAUUAGGUCGACUUUGAUUGUCCAUGCAUCCAUCCUUUUCCAUGUUGUCAUUGCAGUUAAAAGUAACUGAGUUGCAGUCUGAAGAAAAUAAAUUGUCUAUGGAGAAAAAUAAGAAAAGAAGGCUCAAAACACCAGCCCAGCUUAAGGCCUUGGAAGAUUUUUAUAAUGAUAACAAAUAUCCCACGGAGGAAAUGAAAUCAGAACUUGCCGAUGAGUUAGAAUUGACAGAAAAGCAAAUAUCUGGAUGGUUUUGCCACAGAAGAUUGAAAGAUAAAAAAAUGUUGAAUGAUGAAGUAUGUGCUAAUGGACGACAAGAUCGUUCAAGUGGUGUCAUUCAGGAUCGUGGCAGUGGUCUAGUGCAGGAUUCAUGCGGAAGCACUAAACAUGUUCACUAUAGGUAUCUGGAUCCCAAAGAGGUUGAGAGUCAUGGCCUCUAUAACCAUGGAUUUUCAGCUGCAGAUAUAACCUAUGGACACAAAAACCAUCGUUAUGCAGAAAAUGAUAGUGCAACAGAUAACACAUCAUCUGAGAGUAGCUCAUCUUUGCAAGAUCGAUUGCUUUGUCAAGGACAGGAUCCGUAUGAUAUGGAGCCUUCUAGUCAUGUAACACCUAAUGGAUCUCUUCUGCCUCCCAAUACCAAGGGUGCAAAUAACAUGGGACAUAAACCAUCAGGAUAUUUGAAAGUGAAGGGAGAGAUAGAGCAUGCUGCUAUUACUGCUGUUAAAAAGCAAUUAGGAAAGCAUUAUCGGGAAGAUGGUCCACUACUUAGUGUUGAAUUUGAUACAAUUCCUCCUGAGGCAUUUGAAUGUCAAAUUGCAGAUCUAGCUAAUGAAGCAUACUAUGCUGCAAAUCCUGCUCUUCCAAAUUCUCCAGAAGUCUCUGCAGUGAAAAAACAGUCCAGUCUCAGUUCUACUUGUAAAAAGCAGCUAAUGUUGUGA